AUGAUGCAUUUAAUAGCAAAAAGUCGAGGUAAGAAUACGCAAUAUGACCCAAAGAAAUACUUUGAUUUCUUCGGCUAGACUAAUUAUGUUAAACUUUUUCACUGGAAAUUACACAUAGUCACCAUCAAACUUGGAGUCGAUGAAUUUUAAAUAGAUAAUUAUAUGUUUUACAUACGAUUUCAUAUGAACUUUCUUCAGCCGACCCAGAGUGCAACCGUCAUAUCCAAGAGGGCGACUUCCAGCAUUAUGUUGAGGUCUUUUCCGACCCAAGUCCAGGUAUGUCAUCAAGGCGUAUGUGUAAUUUAUUAAUGUAAUGCACCAUCGACCGAGUAACAUUUGAAUGAUUUUACUUUUUAGAGGCCGAAAUAAUGGAUUGGCUUUUUUUCACCGAGUAUGGCAACCCGCUGAAUCGGGGACAUAUUGAUGGCUUCGAGGCGAGUCGCCCGAAAAUACUUCCGGUGUAUCAUCGAAGUCGACCAUAUGGCGUGGUUCGGGUGACUGAGAACAAAGUUGUCCUUAUUAAAAAGUAUGCACAUACAUGUAUUUGACGAUUCUGUGGUGCAUUUUAGUUAGUUUUUUGUCUUCCUUUUCUCAAAAAACGUUGAUGGGAUGGGUUCGAAAGUAAUGCGAAAUGUCAUAAAAUAGCAUCUCGUGAAUGUCUUUUUUAUAAUCCGUAUUCUUACACAAGGAUGACAAAAGUGUAUUUUAAACAAAAUCUUAGGAGUCGUUUAGUCGGGACAAAAAAUCCUGAAAUUUUGCACCGUGCGGUUUUUGCGCGGUUUCACUCUGAAAAAAAAACGAUUUUCCGCUUCGAAAAAGGAAUCCUUCGAUUGCGACCCCGCUCGAUUGCGACCUCGCAUCGAUUGCGACCCCGCAUCGAUUGCGACCCAAAAUGGGGUAAAGCGACCCCGGGAUGAAAAUUCCUUGAUUCUCUUCGGGAAAAACUUGCUUUAGGGGUUUUCGAGGGUGCUGAUUUCGAAAAUGAUGUUCAUUUUACCUCUAGUACUACAUAGUGCUGUCUGAUACUAUAUAGUACGAAGUGAAAAUAUCGCUUUUGACGUUAAAUACUCGAUUUAGGGGUUUUCGAGGGUGCUGAUUUCGAAAAUGAUGUUCAUUUUCCUCUAGUACUACAUAGUACUGUCUGAUACUAUAUAGUACGAAGUGAAAAUAUGGCUUUUGACGUUAAUGGUGUUGGUUUGAUGCUUAGUACUCUUCAAAAACACGUUUUAAAGACUUGGUGCUAUAUAGUACUAUCUGAUACUAUGUAGUACGAGGUGUAAAGUUGGCCUUUAGGCGUUCGUGGUGUUGUUCUGGUGCUUAGUAAGCCUAUUUUUACUUCGUACUAUAUAGUAUCAGACAGUACUAUAUAGCACCAAGUCUUUAAAACGUGUUUUUGAAGAGUACUAAGCAUCAAACCAACACCAUUAACGUCAAAAGCCAUAUUUUGACUUCGUACUAUAUAGUAUCAGACAGUACUAUGUAGUACUAGAGGAAAAAUGAACAUCAUUUUCGAAAUCAGCACCCUCGAAAACCCCUAAAUCGAGUAUUUAACGUCAAAAGCCAUAUUUUGACUUCGUACUAUAUAGUAUCAGACAGCACUAUGUAGUACUAGAGGAAAAAUGAACAUCAUUUUCGAAAUCAGCACCCUCGAAAACCCCUAAAGCAAGUUUUUCCCGAAGAGAAUCAAGGAAUUUUCAUCCCGGGGUCGCUUUACCCCAUUUUGGGUCGCAAUCGAUGCGGGGUCGCAAUCGAUGCUGGGUCGCAAUCGAUGCGGGGUCGCAAUCGAUGGAAUUCUCCGAAAAAUGGGAAUCGCGCGCGACGUAAGGCAAAAAAAUGCACUGUGCAAAUGCACUUUUUGGGUCAAACGCACCAUGCAAAGCACUUUUUUUCGAGAUUUUCGCAGCAACGACUCAAAACGUUCAAAUCCGCACAGUGCAAAAUUAUCAGGACUUUUUGUUCCGACAGUAUGUAAAAUUAACCAUUGCCAGAGUUGAUUCUUACGCAACGUUUGCAAUUAUUUACUUGACAUUUUUUAACAACUUUUUCACUGACUUGAAGACCAUUGCGCAACAAACGAUAAACGUUGUCAUUUUUGAACAUUUUAGAGACCUCCAGAAACUCGUCCUUCAUCUGCGUGUUCCCCAUGCCGACAAAGCGUUUGUCUUCAAAAAUUUUGUCUUUCUCAGUCCAACCUCAUACAUUGACCUCACCGAACUUGCUCCCAAGCAUGAAAUUGUAUAUACAAGACGGCCCAGCGCCGCGGAUAUCGGAGCUUAUGGACUAAUCAAGAGCUAUUUGUCGGCCUCCCCUGACCCUUUGUUAACCACGGAAACUACGGAUGCGAUGGGAAAAGAGUGUUUUACUGGAAAUGUAAGGCAGUUGUGCUCUCCUUUACAUUUAUUUUAGUUUUACUGUGUAAUUGAUCAAACGACCGGAGAACUGAAAGGGUCCUUCAAUCAGAUAUAUUAUUCUGGCAAUGAGGUGUCCAUAUUUCAGUGGAACGAGAUCUAUGGCGGACAAUAUGUCAUUGAUCAUGUUACUGGGUAGGUGUCUCAUGGAGAUAUUUAAUAUAUUUUUGUAGUCAUUGCUUCCGGAUCAAUCGAAAGAUGCGAACUUUCCGAGGCAAUGAACCUUUGACAUCGAGGAAUGACAGUUUCCCCGAGAUUCUCACAAAGUAUCCUUUCGUAAUGAGCGAGGAUGUUUUUCUUACCAGGAGGUUUAUGCUGAUAGACGAAGAAAUUGAUCAAAUGGAAGGGGAAGAUGAAUAUCCGAUAGUUCCUGAGACCACGGCAGUUGUCACAACAACUGAAGAGACUACUACAACCACUGUAACAACUACUCGAGAGGCGAUGACAAGCACCGCAACUCCUCAUUGGCAUGAUCAUCAAGUUGAAGAUGGCUAUGACACUAGGCAAGGAGAUAACUGGUAUGAUUUUGAUACUAAAUAGAACAUAUCGAAUAUACUAAUCUCUAAUUUCAUUGCAAACAACUUCCAGGAACUACGGAGAGUACAAUUAUGACCGUCCAAUGGAAGACAAAGUCAUCUCCAACACCCCGAAAAUUACCGUAUCCACUGCCAGACUGCGUGUUUUCCACGUAAAAAGCUCAAGUUGCACACAUUUCCCAUCCAUUCCAGUUGUAUUUUAUCCAUUCCUUUUGCUGCUGACCUACCAAUUGCAAUAA